AUGUCCUCCAUGUUUGAGAAUAUCAGUAAGAAUUUGGUCAAAGAGCUCGGAGACAAAGACCUGACACCUGUGAAACACCUGCUGAACGCCAACAAAUUCCGUCAGUUUGCAAUUUUACGGAAGAAAAAGAAGACUCUCUCACAGUUCUGGGAACUACCUGAUAUUCCAGUAGAAUACACCCUCAUGGACAUCCUGGAGCCAAGUUCUUCAGUCCCAGAAACCGUUAUCAAGGGACCAUUUAUCUUCAGUGACACCAUGUUCCGGAAGUACAAGGCUUCUGCAGGUGUGACUGCCAUGCUAGAAACGAAUGUGUCAGGGGAAGCUACUAAGUGCCAUGAAACCUUCCUCCAGUUUCACGCUAUUACCUUCCCACCCCAAAACUGGAAAGACCUUCUAAAGAGGAAAGUGUUGGAUCAGGAGCUGCUGUUUCUGAGGAAGUGCCGGGGCAGAGAUGACAAUCUCUAUGUGGUGACAGAGGCCGUGGAACUGAUCAACAGCACUGUGCUGCAUGACAGCAGCAGUGUGAACGUUUUGGGAAAAUGCUUUAUCCCUUGGAUGACUUCUGUCAAGGGUCAAGGCCAGGGAGAGGGUCUCAAAGUGAGAGAGAAGAUGUUGACUCUGCCAGAGGGCACCGUGAUCGCCUAUAAGAAGAAGCAGCUGAUUUUCGAGAACAAUGGCUGGGAUUUCAAGCAACUACAUGAGGAGAUUUUCCAGGAAAUGGAGGCCUUGGCCCAGCUCUCAAAGGACACUCAGGAUUCUAUAUUCCAUACUAUCCUGAACAAGCUUGGGAACCGAGAGGCUCUGCAGGACCUCACGGACACGCUGGAUGGGAGCCCCUUAGAUCUUUUGGAUGACUUUGGGGGCACAAUCCUAAAUGAGAUGCAACCGGACACAAGAGACCUAUGGAUCCAGGCAAGAUUCCACAUCAUCUACCUCCUUGAAGCCAUAAUGGUGUUGAGUGACACCCAACAUGAUCUGCUGGCCCAGUCCAUGGAAAAGAGGAUCCUGCUCCAGCAGCAGAAGCUGGUAAGGAGCAUCCUGGAGCCCAACUUCAAAUACUGCUGGGACAUCCCCUUUACCCUCAAACCCGAGCUCCUUGCCCCACUCCAGGGUGAGGAUUUGGCCAUCACCUAUGGCCUCCUGGAGGAGUGUGGGCUGAAAAUGGAACUGAAUAGCCCCAGAUCAACCUGGCAUCUGGAAACCAAGCAGCCCCUGUCUGCCCUGUAUGGGACCCUGUCAUUGCUGAAGCAGCUGGCAGGAAGUCCAGAGAGGCCUGGCCCCACUCCAGUCUAUGCUGAGAGUGUCCCUGAUGAGCUCAGGGGGGAGAAUUCCUGCAUGGGACUCAACCUGGAGGCCUGGACGGCCCGCCACUGUCCUUGGUACAGCCAGCCGGGGCCUCAGUGGGCUGUGAGUGCUAGUCCUAAAACACAUGCACUGGUUCGCAGUGUCGCUGCCCUGCUCACAAACCUUCAGUGCUCCCAGGCCUACCUCAUCCAGCUGAUGGCAUUCACCAAGGUCCCCACAGCUGUGUAUGACACCUGCCUCUUCACCCCUCCAGAAACGUAUCGUCCCUGUUUGCAAGGGACACUAAGAGUGUGGUCAGAGAACUGGCCAGGAGAGCUUCUCUACUUUUCCAACCACCCCCAAGUGACCUUAAACAAGCAGUCCCCAGGCCUAGGCCGCCACACCAGGGGAGAGACCCUCCCAAGCCCCACCGCUUCUCGCACCCUGCCCCUACGCGCCCUUGCAGGAAACUGA